AUGGCCCCUUCGACGUCCCUGCUUCUGUUUGCUCUCUCGCUAUCUUUGGUUAUCUUCCAUUCUUCCUGUGAAAAGACGAGUUACAAAGAGAUUCACCUAAGGGAUCAUUCAUCGUUACCUUUCUUGCAUCGCCUCACACCGUCUCCUCUUGAUGGAUAUUCAUCUAUUCGUGGGGUGAAACAUAUGGUCUCAUGUGACCGUUUAAGAGUUGCUAGUCUUUCAAGAUGGAAAAUCAGGAGUUAUGCCAAUUCAUGUCGGGUUAAUUUGACUCCUUCAGUGGUGAUCCCUGAAAAGCUGUAUAGCAAAAUAGAGGUUUGUUUCCACCGGAAUUCUUCUCUUGGAUUAUGCCAAUGUGUGACGGAUGAAUGGAAAUCCAUCCACAAGGGGUUGUGGAGUGCUUCCAUGUCACCAUAUGAGGAUAGAUAUAUUGAUGUAAAGUUUAAUAGUGAAGUUACAGGUUCCAUUACAGUUUCUAUUGAAGAAGAGUUCCAUCAAUGGCGUCUUAUUUUUCUUGUUUUCGGGUUUAUCUUACUGCUAUUGGCACCGGUAGUCAGUAAUUGGGUGCCGUUCUAUUAUAGCAGCUCAAUGGCAGUUGGAGUCUUCCUUAUUAUUUUGAGCCUUCUGUUUCAGCUCAAUCUUGGAUCUUUGCUUGUGCAGUACUUCUCAAUGCUGGUCAAUUCCAUUCUCGUGAGUUUUGGGCUUAGUGAAGAUAUGCAUAAUCCUGUUGCUAUAGUGGUAUUGGUAGCAAAUGUCUUUGCAGGAGCAGCAUUAGGUUAUGGGAUUGUGCAGAAAUUUGUAAUUUCAGAAGAUGGAACGGUUGAUGUUGGUGUAGCUGAAUUUGUGAAGUGGGCAAUGCGUGUUAUGGCAAUGAUAUUUAUUUUAAUGAGCACAUUUGAUACAUUUUUAGCUAUGGUUUCAUUGGCUUCUUCUUGGGCUAUCUGCCUUCUUAUAUCUUCUUUGAAGUGGCGAGGUUCAACAUCGACUCGUGCUGAACUUUUUAGUAGGUCUGCUAAGAUGGCCUCUCAAAGAGCAUCACAGAAUAGCCUGAGGAGAUCAUUUGCUUUGUUUGACUGUCCCACUAAAGGUUUGGUUAUAUCACCCUCUGUUAAGGAACCAUCAUGCCAGCAGGAACAGGACUACUAUUCAACCUUCCACAAGGUGCCAACUCGUAAGUGGUUCUCAAAAAAUGAGUAUGAGGAUUUUACAAGUGAAUCUACUAGGGAUGCCAUUGCAGAGUUGGCAUCCUCACAUGACUUCACUAAUUGGAUCAUUGAAAAUGCUAGCCGAAUACAACUCCUUCCAGAUGACAACUCAGAUGACAGCAUGGAGAGUGGGUCGGGGUCUUCGGAAGAGACUGUUGCAGAGGGUGGUGGUGGGCUUAACCUUUUCAAGUGGUACUAACCUGAGGAUAACUAUGUUGUUGGCAUCAGUCGGUCGGCUGCCUUUUCAUAUUUUACACAGAAUCAGGGACAACCAAUGCUAUGGGGUGA